CCUGGUGGGAGGAGGGGGAGUCCUUGAUUCACAAUUCUGGUCAACAUGAGAACCUUUUUGAGCCUGAAGUCCGAACUCUGUGAUCCAACUCGCUGGCAGCGUGGAACCCAGAAAAGCCGAUUGGUCUUCCUGCUUUUGAGGGCGUUUGCACGGGCCUCCCCUUAUAGACGUCGUUGAGUAGUGGGGGAUAGGCCAUCAGCAAGGGAAAAAAAACAAGCGGAAGUGGUGAUUCGAGUUCUGAGCUUUUCCAUCAAGAAUCGAUCACUAAUAAUGGAGGUGUCCGCCGGGAUUUCUACUAUUCGAUCUCCAUCUCAUUCUGUUUGCCCGAUCCUCGAACCAAUUUGUCAGAUUCUGCCGAAACCUUCCACUUUGGGAGCCAACGGCAGAGGGUCGUCGAGAGGAAUAUGCAAACCACCCUCUCGCAACGGAUCUGUCUCUCGUUCUCAUGUUAAUCAGGUUGAUUCAAGUUCGCCAAAAUGCAGAUGCGGUUUGGAAUCUUUGGAAUCUUUGUUCUGUUAUGACAAACCUAUUCCCGAGGAUGCCAUUGAGGAACCAAGUGGUAUACCGUUGGCUGCAAAAGAAAUUGGCAACAAACCCGGUUGCAUUCUUUGUGAAGCAAAAGGUGUUGUUUUGUGCAGUACCUGCUCUGGUUCUGGUUUGUAUAUCGAUUCUAUUCUGGAGAGCCAGGGGAUCCUUGUGAAGGUCCGGUGUCUGGGUUGUGGAGGUACUGGAAAUACCAUUUGUUCAGAAUGUGGAGGACGAGGCUUUCAAGUUUCAAGCAAGAGCAUGAAAUCUUGAUAUGUUGGAUUGUUAGAAGACUUGGAAGUUAUGUGUGUCUUGGCAGAUAAUUUUCAUUUAAUCAUGUAUGAGUAUUAUGUAAAUAAUAAUUAUGUAAUCUGAAACAGUAGUCAGUAGUGUCUGUAAAAAGCAUAGUAGUUUCUUUCCAAUCAAGUCGAACAGCCUUGUAAAAUACAUGUAAUGUAUGCCUUUUCAAUAUUUUAUGUCACUCUAACGUUGUUGAGUAACCUUUGAACUUCA